GAAAACAUAUUGGUUUGUCUCAUCUCUCUUUCUCUAAUUUACUGAUCUCCGUGUAGUUCAUCAUUACAUCAAUUCUUGUUUCAAGCUAUAAGUUAUGGUUGAAUCGUCAAAACAAAAAAUGGAGAGAACCCUCAUCAACAAGAACAACAACAGCAACAAAGUUAAGGAAACAUGGGAAUACAACAGAAGUUAUAGUUAUGGGAAAGAAACUUUAGGCAAUAAGUUCUCAUGGCCACCAAGACCUUACACAUGUAGUUUCUGUAAAAGGGAAUUUAGAUCUGCUCAAGCUCUUGGAGGGCAUAUGAAUAUUCAUAGGAGAGAUAGAGCUAGGUUGAACCAAUCAAUUCCUUGGGACAUUAACCAAUAUCAGCAUGCUAACUUCAUUAGCACAAACCCUAAUUUUCACCCAUCAUCCUCUACUGCUGCUGCUUUCACUAAUCACCAUUUUCCACCUGCAGCCUACCCUUCUACAAUUGCUUACCCGCUGCCUAGUAGUACUACUCCUCCAUCUAUCACUGCUUGUUCGUCAUCAACACCACCUUCUACUGAGGACAAUAUUAGGAUAAAAUCAUUUAUAAGUUCAUCUUCUUUCAGUCAGUUGUCGAGCACGAAAGGCCAGGAGAAUGCAAAUAACAGCACCACAACUACUUUACCUAUGAUGGAUAUGUUGUCGGAAGUUGGAGACAGACAUCAGCUUGAGGAUUUUAUGAAUGAGAAUUACAAUCACCACCAUUACUGUGGAAGCAACAACAACAUGAAGAUUUAUGGUGAAAAUGUUAGGCUCGAUUUGGAGAUUGGCUUGUGCUGUGAAGAUGACUUAGAUUUGGAGCUGAGGCUUGGGUUUUCUUCAUAAGUACUCUCAUCAUCAACAGUGUUUUAGAUCAGAUUUCUAGUGUUUAACUACCUUCAACUUCAUUAAUUAGACCUAUCUCUUGAUGAACUUCUGCAUGCAUGGAUCAUCAAUCUCUUAUGUUUUUACCUCUUAAUUACUUGUUUAAAAAGUGAUUAAUUAAUUAUGAAUUUGCUCAAUUAUGACUAAUGAGUAACCAUUGUGACAUGUGAUUUUUGUUUCUUUCU